AUGUCGGACGAGUCAGUCUCAGGGAGUGAUCCGGAUGUGGACCCGGACUUGGAGCAGGAGGAUAUGGAAGAGGAGGAGGAGGAAGAUGAGGAUGAAGCAAUGGAGGAGGACAAUGAUGGGGAUGAUGAGGAAGAUCUACUUGAUGAGAAUGACCAGACCCAUGAAGCAGUUUUUAGCAGCGAUCAUGUGCAGCAUGGUGAAGAUGGGGAAUGGCAACGCUCUACUUCAACUACCUCAUCUCAGAGUGAACAGGCAGAGAAACUGUUGCAGAAUCAGCACAAGAGCCUGGCCUCUGAGGACACCAAAAAGAAGAGGGCUCAGAAACCUUCUCACAUGAGGAGGAACAUAAGAAAACUGCUGCGGGAGGACCAGUUGGAGGCUGUGACUAAAGCCGCCCAGCAGGAGGAGUUAGAAAGAAGGAAACGACUUGAGCAGCAAAGGAAGGAUUACCACGCCAGCAUCCCCACAUUACCUCUGGAGUUUCUCCCAGAGGAGAUUGCUUUAAGAACUGCAGAGGUUGCUCAGCUUCCUCCUCAAGUGUUAGCUGAAGAAGUCAUCUGUUUAGACAGCACCAGCAGUGGCAGUGAGGACGAUUCUAAAGGAAGACUCCACAGCAUUAAAGAUGAAGUGAUAGAAUUAAGUUCAGGAGAAGAUGAAGCCCUCCAAAUAGUAGACAGCAGUGAUUCUGGCAAUGAAGGGGAUGAAGAUGCUACUGAAGAAAGCAGUGGUGCUCAUGUGAAUGAUGCUUUAAAUCAGUUAGAUGCUUCGGGGCAAGUAAUUGUCAACAUCAAUCAUCCUCCAAAUGAAGAGGACAUUUACCUGGCUCCACAACUUGCACGGGCAGUAAAGCCUCACCAGAUUGGUGGUAUCCGGUUCCUGUACGAUAAUCUGGUGGAGUCCCUGGAAAGAUUUAAAACCAGCAGUGGGUUUGGCUGUAUCUUAGCCCACAGCAUGGGGCUGGGAAAGACCCUCCAGGUCAUCUCGUUUUUGGAUGUACUUUUCCGGCACAUCAAGGCAAAAACUGUCUUGGCCAUCGUACCUGUAAACACUCUUCAGAACUGGCUAGCAGAAUUCAACAUGUGGCUUCCAGCACCAGAGGCCCUUUCUGCUGAUUGUGACCCCAAAGAGAUUCAGCCCCGAACCUUCAAAGUUCAUAUCCUGAAUGAUGAACACAAGACCACAGCAGCACGUGCCAAAGUGGUAACUGAUUGGGUGACAGAUGGUGGUGUGCUGCUGAUGGGCUAUGAGAUGUACCGUCUCCUUUCCCUGAAGAAAUCCUUUGCCACAGGCAGGAAGAAGAAAACGAAGAAGCAAACUGGCCCUGUCAUUAUUGAUUUGGAUGAAGAGGAUCGGCAACAGGAGCUCCUAAAAGGAAUUGAAAAGGCAUUAUCCCGCCCUGGUCCAGAUGUGGUCAUCUGCGAUGAGGGACAUCGGAUAAAGAAUUGCCAUGCCAGCACCUCUCAGGCCUUAAAGAAUAUCCGGUCUCGGCGGCGGGUGGUACUGACUGGCUAUCCUCUGCAAAACAACUUGAUUGAAUACUGGUGUAUGGUGGACUUUGUUCGGCCAGACUUCCUUGGUACCCGGCAGGAAUUUAGUAACAUGUUUGAGCGCCCCAUCCUAAAUGGGCAGUGUAUUGACAGCACCCCGCAGGAUCUUCGUCUCAUGAGGUAUCGCAGCCAUGUCCUACAUAGCCUACUGGAGGGCUUUGUACAAAGGCGAGGGCACAAUGUGCUGAAAAUUCAGCUUCCCUAUAAGGAAGAACACGUCAUCUUAGUGCGGUUGUCAAAGAUCCAGCGGGCUCUUUACACUGAGUUCAUGAACCGGUUUCGAGAUGCAGGCAACAGCGGCUGGCUGGGACUGAACCCCCUUAAGGCUUUCUGUGUUUGCUGUAAGAUCUGGAAUCACCCUGAUGUAUUAUAUGAAGCACUGCAAAAAGAGAAUUUGGCAAAUGAACAGGAUCUAGAUGUGGAUGACCUUGGCACGGCUGGUACCAAUUCACGCUGCCAGUCACAGGCAGUGAAAGGGAAAUCUGAGAGCAAUGCUUUGGCACCACCAAUUGGAGAGGCUACCAACAGCAAAUACAUUCAGGGUAUUGGCUUCAAUCCCUUUCAGGAGAGGGCCAAUCAGGUUGUCACUUAUGAAUGGGCUAAGGACAUCCUUUGCGACUACCAGACAGGAGUCUUGCAGAACUCACCCAAGAUGGUGUUGCUGUUUCAUCUUGUGGAGGAGAGUGUGAAACUUGGAGACAAAAUAUUGGUCUUCAGCCAGAGCCUCUCCACAUUGUCUGUCAUUGAGGAUUUCUUGGCAAAGAGACCAGUGCCUUCCCCCCCAGGUGUGGAUGCACAUGGACUCCAUAACUGGGUUCGAAAUGUGAAUUAUUACAGACUGGAUGGCAGUACUUCGGCCUCCGAAAGAGAGAGAUUGAUUAACCAGUUCAAUGAUCCCAGCAACACUUCUGUAUGUCUCUUCCUUCUUUCCACGAGAGCUGGAUGUUUGGGCGUGAAUUUGAUUGGUGCUAACAGAGUAGUAGUAUUUGAUGCUUCGUGGAAUCCAUGCCAUGAUGCUCAGGCAGUGUGUCGGGUUUAUCGCUAUGGACAACUGAAGCCCUGCCACAUCUAUCGGUUGGUUUCUGAUUAUACUUUGGAGAAGAAAAUAUACGAUCGUCAGAUCUCCAAGCAGGGGAUGUCAGAUCGUGUUGUAGAUGACUUGAAUCCGGUGUUGAACUUCACCCGGAGGGAGGUGGAGAACUUGCUGCACUUUGUGGAAGAGGAGACAGAACCUGCUCAGCUUUCGUUCAGUACCAGCAAGAUUAAGGAAUCUGUUUUACAGCUGGCCUGUAUCAAGUACCCUCAUCUCAUCACCAAGGAGCCUUUUCAGCAUGAGUCACUGCUGAUUGAUCGGAAGGAGUGCAAGCUCACCAAGGCAGAGAAGAAAGCGGCCAAGAAAAGCUACGAGGAAGAGAAACGCGCCUCCGUCCCUUACACCCGUCCAUCGUAUGCUCAGUAUUACCCAGCCAGUGACCAGAGCCUGACAAGCAUACCUGCCUUCAGUCAGAGGAACUGGCGACCAAGCCUCAAAGGUGAGGACAGACCAGUGGCAAGCGUACGUCCCGUUCAGUCCACCCCCAUUCCUAUGAUGCCUCGCCAUGUCACCUUGGGCAGUAUGGGUUCAGCUUCUGUUUCCAAUCCUGGUAUCAACUUCCCCAUCAACUACCUGCAGCGAGCUGGUGUCCUUGUGCAGAAGAUCGUCACCACAACAGAUAUCGUGAUUCCAGGCACAAAUACUUCCACUGAUGUGCAAGCAAGAAUCAGCGCUGGAGAAAGUAUUCACAUUAUCCGUGGGACUAAAGGGACAUACAUCCGGACCAGCGAUGGGCGGAUCUUUGCUAUCCGGACUACUGGCAAACCAAAGGGUAGUGAAGAUCAUCGCAUGGUUGCCUCAGGAUCCCAGGGUCCAUCUCUUGAAUCCACAAGCAAUGGGAGGCACAACGCCUCCUCACCCAAGCUUCCCAAUUCAGAGGAGCUCACUCGGCCCAUCUCCCCUGACAGUCCUGAGAUCAUCAGCGAACUGCAACAGUACGCAGAGGCUGCCGCCGCCCGAGAGUCCAGACAUAACUCUCCCAGCACCCACACUGCACCUGGACAUCCCACCCGGAAAGACAGUGUACCCCCCUUAGUGGCUCGUGGAACUGACCAACGGGCAGGAGCCCAUUGUUUGGCUUCGUCAUCCUCUUCAGCCCUGCCAGCCACAAGCCAGCACACCGACAGCCAUUCGGUGCUGGACUUACGAGGCAACAAGCGCAAGUCGACGUCACCCUCCGGCCCAGAGGAGCCAGCUCACCGGCAGCAAAAGAAGCGUCCGCUCCCUACAGCAGUUCAGCCAUACGAAAGUGGGUACCCUGUCUCUGGUGGGUUCACCAUGCCCUCUGUCCCUUUAAACCACAACCUAACCCAUCCAUUUGCUCCCCAAGCAGGCAACUCCUUGUACAUGGGCACUGGCUCCUCCUAUUACCAGCUGCCUAGUUUGCUACCAGACCCUCACCUGGUGUUCCCUGUGACUACUGACCCUCUGUUGACAGCCGGCACCGCCAGUUCCUCUGCUGCUACCUCAGCCACUGCCAGUGUCCCCUCUUUCAUGUUAAACCCCUCCAUGACGGGGAUGCUUUCAAACUACUCGCUGCCCUUCACGCAGUCACUCCUGCCUGAGCCCAGGAUGUUCGCUCCUUUUCCGGCCCCCGUCUUGCCCAGCAGCCUUCCCAGGAGCAUGGCCUCUGCCUACCCUGGCUUCAUGUCCCCACAUUCGGGAUAUCCAGCUGGGGGCCUCCUUCGGUCCCAGGUGCCUCCGUUUGACACCCAUGAGGUCUCUGAGGUGGGCUGCAGUUCCAACGAGGAUGAGGACAAAGACGAUGAUGUAAUAGAGAUCACAGGAAAAUAA